CUAGAGGUUCCUCUGAGAGGAGGUGGCAGCCAGGCGGACGCGGAGGCGGACCAAUCCUUCUCUGACUCCUCCCUCUUCAGUCAUUGGGGGCAGGACCUGAGCCCGGAGAAUCGGCGCGUCGCACUCAAGAUGUUCCAGUCCCAUGGUUACAACAGUUACCUUAGCGACCGCAUCUCUAUGGACCGGCCCAUCCCUGACUUGAGACCAGACGGGUGUAAGAACAUCUCCUACCCCCCUCACCUGCCCCAGGUGAGCAUCAUCUUCAUCUUCGUCAACGAGGCGCUGUCCGUCAUCCUGCGCUCCAUACACUCCGCCAUGCAGACCACGCCCACACACCUGCUCAAGGAGAUCAUCCUGGUGGACGACAACUCCAGCAACGAGGAGCUGAAGCUGAAGCUGGAUGAGUUCGUGUCGGAGCUGAACUCCAGGAAGCCGGGGUUGGUGACGGUGGUGCGGCACCAGAAGCAGGAAGGCCUGAUCAGGUCAAGGGUCAGCGGGUGGAGAGCAGCCUCCGCACCAGUGGUGGCGCUGUUCGAUGCACACGUGGAGUUCAACACCGGGUGGGCGGAGCCCAUCCUGUCUCGUAUCCAGGACGACCGGACGCGGAUCAUCUCGCCGUCGUUUGACAACAUCAAGUAUGACACGUUUGAGAUCGAGGAGUAUCCGCUCUCCGCCCAGGGCUUCGACUGGGAGCUCUGGUGCAGAUACCUCAACCCACCCAAGGCCUGGUGGAGCCAGGCCAACAACACUGCCCCCAUCAGGAGCCCUGCUCUGAUUGGCUGUUUUGUGGCGGACCGUCAGUACUUUGAGGAGAUUGGUCUUCUGGACGAGGGCAUGGAGGUCUACGGAGGAGAGAACGUGGAGCUGGGAAUCAGGGUGUGGCAGUGUGGGGGCAGUGUGGAGGUGUUGCCGUGCGCGCGUGUGGCCCACAUUGAGCGCGCUCAUAAGCCCUACACUGACGACCUGACGGCGCACGUGAGGAGGAACGCACUCAGGGCUGCCGAGGUCUGGAUGGACGAGUUCAAGAGUCACGUCUACAUGGCCUGGAACAUCCCACAGGAGGACUCUGGGAUAGACAUUGGUGAUAUCUCGGAGCGGCGAGCAUUGAGGAGACGACUCCAGUGUAAGACGUUCCGCUGGUACCUGGUCAACAUCUACCCAGAGAUGAGGAUGUACACAGACAUGGCUGCCUAUGGAGUGCUAAAGAACUCGUUGAAGCCAGAAGUGUGUUUGGAUCAGGGGCCAGACCAGGACAACGUCCCCAUACUUUACCUGUGUCACGGGAUGACCCCGCAGAAUGUGUACUACACGCAGACGCAGCAGCUCUAUGUCGGCCUGCUGAGUCCCACCAUCGACGACGACGACAAUAAGUGCCUGGUGGACGUCAACAGCAGGCCACGCCUCCUGGAGUGCAGCUACGCCGCCGCCAAACGCAUGAAGCUCUACUGGAUCUUCACUCAGGGAGGCUCCAUCCAGAACCGGCGGUCUAAGCGCUGCCUGGAGCUGGUCCAGAGUGGGACCACUGAGUUUGGCUUCCAGCUGGUUCUGCAGCGCUGCAGCGGGCAGAAGUGGACCAUCACCAACCUGCUGACCAGCGGCCUCACCUGACCCCUCAGCCCACCAAUCACAAGGCAGGACACUGGACACCAACCCCCAGCCCACCAAUCAGGGGGCAGGACACUGGAUUUGAGCCCGAGAGCCCACCAAUCACGGGUUAGGACACUGCACAUGAACCCCCCAGCCCACCAAUCACAGGGCAGGACAGUGGUCGGGGGGGGGGCGGGCUGAAGAUGUGACUGGAGCAGCAAAUCACUGGAGCACCUUUAUAUCUCUGCCUGAUUGGACAACACAAGACCCCACUCUGAGUGCAGAUGUCACACACAAGAGAAGCGACACAUUAGUCCCAUAAUUCAUGUGUGCACACCGAUUGGACAUAUUCAUAUUUAUCGCAAAAGCCAUUACAGGGAUAAAUGUUUAAGAUUUCUAAAUGUUUAUUCGACUUAUGGGAUAUGAGGUAAAUGUGAAACGGUUACUCUAUGUGUGUGUGUGUGUGUGUUGUUGAAAGAUAGAACAGAAGGUUUUUAACGUGUGUGUGUGUAUGU